CAUUCAAUACUGCAGUGAAUUUAGCCUUAAGUCGUAAAAUCCUUUAGGAGAAAUACAUGGAGCGCUAAUAUCUCAUUAUCUCUUCAUGUCGUCUUGGGCUGGAUUCACCGACGAAGAGCUUUGUCGCUUAAGACAAAAUUCGAGUGAAGACGUCGAUGCAGAAGGGAAAAUCUCGGGAAGCCGCAAAAAAGCAGCCAUAAACAUUCCUAAAAGACAGCGACCCCGGGAAAAAAUACGAACUAGAGCCCCUUCCACAGAGCUGAAAGAAUCGGAUAAACAAGAAGGAGAUGAAGACCAAGGGCUGAGAGAUCGUACUCCUACAGGGCAACGAAAUUCACGUGCUAGUACAAACAACGUUGGCCAUGGCCGUUCAACUGCACGACUUGAUUCAAGAGAGGAAGAGCAGGAAAAUUCCUCUCCAGAAUGCGAAAGACGAGGAAAAAGCAUUAAGAAGACCAUGGAAGAAAUUACAAUGUCUGAAGAAGCUCCGCCAAAAACAAGGCCCAUAAAGAAGAAAGAUGAUGGUGAUCGUGAACACGCUUUGCAGUUGGCCGAUAGUGAGAAAGAGCCAAAAAGCGAUCUACCGGAAAUAAUCGACGAGAGUGACAAAAUACAAGCAAUAGAAUUGUCAGCAUUGGAGAAGAUGCAAGAAAAACAAAAGCAGAUAGAACAAGAAAAUAAAAGGAAGAAAGCAGCUCUUCAAGAAACCAUAAAGCAAAGAUACAAGAGAACCCAGGCAGAAGCACACACUCUUUCUCUAGUUCAAAAAGAGUUGAGCCACCUGGACAGCCUGCUCUCUGCUGACGUGGCAAUUCUAAGAGACAAGAUAGAAGAGAGCAGCAGGGAAUACCUCAAUGCACAAAAAAGGUACGAAAGAGCUGAAAAAGAAUUUGUUGAGGCAAAGAUGGAUUUACACAAGAAAACAGAAAAGAAGGAUCUGCUCACAGAACACCUUUAUACGAUAAUCAGAGAAAACGAACUGAGAAAGGCAAAGAAACUAGAAGAACUUAUGGCAAAGCUUAAUGUCGCUACUGAUGAAACAUUGUCUGAAGACAAGACUGCUGUCCUUGAGGCCGGCAGUGAUGAAUCCGGCAUAGUACAAAAUUCAGAUAUUUCUGUACCACAGGAAGAGAAAGUGAAUUGUGAGUUAAAACCAGAAUCAAACAAUUCUCCAGUUAAUACUACGGGAGAAACAGCCGCUAUUGAUGAAUCCAAAGUUGAUGUGAAAGCAGAGACUAUGCCGGUGUCAGCGGAGCAGGAAGUCGGUGUCACAGCUUGACAUAGGCAUGGCUCUUGCUAUCAUCCUCUUGAUAUUGGGCAAAAAAGGGGCGUUGGAUCUAAUUUUUCCUGGAGUUCAGUUCUGUAGACCACCUCAGAAGUUUUUUUCAGUUCUCGAAAAAGCGCUCUUGACUUGGGUAAGGUUUACCGUAUCUAUAUGAAAUGUCAACAUUUCAGAUCCAGGUAACAGGUAGCUGCAGUUAAUGGUGUAUCAUCUUGAAAAUCUACUAAGUUUGAUAUCUUCACCAAGUAGUUCUUAGGGUCGUUGACUUUCUUUUUUCAUCUUCUUUUUGUAGUGCACUGGAUAUACGGGACAUACUUUUAUUGUUUGUUUUUGUUUUAUCAAGUACCUUUUUCUGUUCAAGCAGAAUAAUUAUCGAGAAUUUGAAACAACUGUGAGUUGAUCCCGUGACGUCUUCGAAUUCACGCGUAAUAAAGGAGGAAGAAACGAAAGGAUGAAAAUUAUUAUUUAUUAUCGCUCGUAAUAUGUUACGGCGCAAAAACAGAAACAUCUUUGGACGAUAAUUCUGUCCUAUUUCCUAACCCUGACUAUACAGUAGUUUUUGUGUCUUAGAAAUACCGUAUUGAAUUCUUCAACUGAACACUUUUCAGCUAAAAGAAAGCGGCUCGUUGGGACGUACUUUUUUACCAUCCCCUUAUAGUACGAUUUUUGACAAGUUCACAUGGAAAAAUAAUACAGUUGCAUAGUAUAAUAGUGUAGUUUUUGACAAGUUUACUAUUUACAAAGUAACAAACGAGAAGCCUCGAUUUUUAACGUGAUGUUGGGGUUGCUGUAUGAACCCUCCAUUGUUACAGGCAGGGUCUAAGCCAGUUACGGUUUUGUACUUAUUUUUGCAGAUAGAAAACAAAGAUAGAAUAACAUAUACAUUCAAAUUUCAAGGCUUCCUUUAAUUUGAAGGUAGUGUUCUACAUCGAAAAUAAAUGGUGUGAGUAAUA